AUGGGAGCAUUUGUAUUCUCCCUCAUAAGUUGUCUUGCCGGCGGGUCAAUACUAUUGUUUUCGCUCUUUGGUACUUCACUCCAUGACAGUUUAGGACUUCUGUAUGUGGAAAUCAACUUCAUAGCUUCAUUAAGUGCAUUUGGCAUGUAUUUGUGUCUUCCCAUCUUGGGGUAUCUUAGCGAUGUCUACGGGCCAGCCUUAUUGAGUUUGAUCUCGGUAUGGUUCUUUUGUCCCUCGUACUUGAUCAAUCUGUAUUUGGUUUCUGUACUGUUGGGCCAGAAAUUGGAUCAUUCUCUUGUAACUAAGUUGAGUUGUUCGUUUUGUCUUAUUGGCUUGGCUACUUCUGCAUUAUACUUUUCAAGCUUGUUGACCUGUGCUAAGAUUUAUCCGAAACGAAAGGGUUUGGCUAUUAGUUUGCCUGUUUCCUGUUAUGGGUUAUCGAGUUUUAUUGGCUCUCAAUUACUUAAACUUGACUACUUUCAGUUACCUGAUCAAGGGGGGACCCUUGAUUUGGUUCGAACUUUUAGUUUUUUUGGCUGGAUGUAUUUACUCAUUGGAGUAUUCCAAACCAUAACCAGUGCCCUUGUCAAUUUGGAAAUGGAGAUCAUCGUAACCGACGAAGAGUCGCCAUUGAUGAACGAUAUCGAAACUCAAGAGGCCUCUAAUUUGAGUUUGAUUCCAUCAAGAGAAAUCGUCGAACCGGAAAAUCAUUAUAAUCGAUUCGUAACUUUCCUCAAAGACAAAUCUGCUUGGGUACUUCUUGUAUCUUUGAUUUUCAAUAUUGGACCUUUAGAAAGCUACCAAAAUAACUUGGGAAGCGUCCUUCGAAUCACCACUAACGCUCAUGGUGUUGCUUCCAAUUUAUCCAACCAAUUGAGCGUCUCAGCUUCAAGCUCUACUGUCCUUCGUCUUGCUACAGGUUGGCUCAGUGAUUACAUCUCCCAUUCCGACCGCAAAUACCCCAUAAGUCGCAUGUGGCUUCUAAUCAUUAUUGUCAUGUUGGGCGGGUUGGGCCAAUGGGCUCUGAUAUAUUACUAUUACUAUGCCCAAUCCGAUUCAUAUUGGUUUGUCAGUAUGGUCAACGGUGGAGCCUAUGGAGGGAUAUUCACUUUAUAUCCUACGGUUAUAGCCUCUAUUUGGGGAGUGGAUCUAUUAGGCUCCACUUGGGGCUCCUUCAUGGUAGCCCCUGCUAUUGGGUCCAUAAUUUAUUCACUUUCAUAUGGGAACCAAGUGGAUGGUCAUUGUGUUUCCAUUAAAGGACAAAAUUUAAUCGGGCAAUAUUGUUUGAGUCAGUAUUUCAAGAUAAGUGGUUUAAGUAUGAUGUUUAGUGUACUUUUGUUGAUCAUUGCUUGGAGAAGAUAUUGGGUUUCUCGAGGUUUUUCCGUCUUUUAA